CUUCGCAGCAGUAAAAAAGGCAAAGCAGGGACUGCGGUGGUAAACAAACAGGUAGAGCAGCCGUACCUCGUCCCACGGAGCUGCGCUGUCGGCACCGGUUGACUUUCAGGAAACUUGACCUUCUUCUCGGACCGUCUCUGAGGUCGAACUGGCUCUAAAAAUCCCGGACUCCGGCUGUUAAAACUCCAAGGCUCGUCCCCGGUCCUCUUCCUCUCUCCCCGCCCUCCCUGCCCUCGGAGUCGGCUUAUGUGACACAUUAACGUCCCGGGGGCGAGACGAGCGAAACAUGACGGAGCUGAGGAAGCGAGGCGCCGGCGGAGGAGACCCCGACACCGCCGAGAACAUCAGCGACAAGGAAGCCGAUGGCGACGACAGGCUGGGCCUGUCAGGCGACACUGAGGGAGAAUGUGACGUCGACUCCAAAACGGACACUCCAGAUGUUCCCGCCUCCACAGCGGACACGGACAACACUCCAGAAUGCCUGAACAAAGCUCUGGAGGGGCUUCCACCCAAAUGGAGGAACUACUGGAUACGAGGACUUCUGUCCAUUUGCAUGAUUUCGGGGUUUUUCCUUAUGAUCUAUUUGGGACCCAUCAUGCUUAUCUUUGUGGUCAUGAGUGUGCAAAUCAAGUGUUUCCAGGAGAUAAUCACCAUCGGCUACAGAGUUUAUCAUUCCUAUGAGCUGCCUUGGUUCAGGACUCUGAGUUGGUACUUCCUGAUUUGUGUCAACUACUUCUUCUAUGGUGAAACGCUCGCGGAUUACUUUGGGGCUUUGGUGCGGAGGGAGGAGCCUCUGCAGUUCCUGGCUCGCUAUCACCGCUUCAUUUCUUUCACUUUGUACCUUGCAGGUUUCUGCAUGUUUGUGCUGAGUUUAGUGAAGAAACAUUACCGCCUGCAGUUUUACAUGUUUGCUUGGACCCAUGUGACCCUGUUGAUUGUGGUAACUCAGUCCCACCUUGUCAUUCAGAACCUGUUUGAAGGAAUGAUCUGGUACAUUGUUCCUAUUUCCAUUGUGAUCUGCAACGACAUCAUGGCGUAUCUGUUUGGAUUCUUCUUUGGGAGAACUCCUCUUAUCAAGCUCUCGCCGAAGAAGACGUGGGAGGGCUUCAUUGGGGGAUUCUUCUCCACUGUGGUUUUUGGCUUCAUUCUGGCCUACCUCCUGUCGCAGUUCCAGUACUUUGUGUGUCCGGUGGAGUUCAACAGUGAGACCAACAGGUUCACGGUGGAAUGUGAACCCCCUGAUCUGUUUGUCAUGCAGGAGUACACACUCCCUGCGGCGCUGCAGAACACACUCAGUUGGAAAACAGUGAAUCUUUACCCCUUCCAGAUCCACAGCAUCUUCCUGUCGUCCUUCGCCUCCCUCAUCGGGCCGUUCGGCGGCUUCUUUGCCAGCGGCUUCAAGCGAGCGUUCAAAAUCAAAGAUUUUGCCAACACCAUUCCGGGCCACGGCGGCAUCAUGGACCGCUUCGACUGUCAGUACCUGAUGGCAACUUUCACUCACGUCUACAUUGCCAGCUUCGUCAGAGGUCCGAACCCCAGUAAAGUGCUGCAGCAGCUGCUGAUGCUGCAGCCGGAGCAGCAGCUCAGCAUCUUUCACAUCCUGCGCUCCCAGCUGAAGGAGAGGGGCCUGCUGCCGCCGCUGGCCGUCCGGGCCGAGUGAAACCCGCUCAGGAAGUGUGUGAGGCGGUUCCCAUAGCUAGUACGAGCACACACAGACACAUGCCGACACACCCCCACGCGCACACACACACACACACACACACACGUGCACCUUUCGACUGUACUGUGUGUUACUCCCAGACCCAUCAUCAGCCUUCUAGAUUUGAGGCGACUCUGGAGGUGGAAGAAAAGAAAAUUUGCCAAACCAAACCUGGAAGUCGCCGCCGCUGGUUUGCUUUUGACCGCCUUCUCUCGCUUUUCCAGCGUCGGUGAAGGAGGACGAGGAAGAGUUUGGAUUGUUUGAGAACGGCAAACUUUGCACUGACUUUUCUGAUGUGAACUGUUAAGAGAAGCUUCCACCAGCAGAACGAACUGGUUCAGACUCCGCUCUGCACAUCCACACAUGUAGCAUGCAUGCAGCAGCAGCGGCGGCGCAUGCAGCAGCAGCAGCGGCGCAUGCAGCAGCAGCAGCAGCAGCGGCGCUGCCUCCAUCUCCUUCCACUGGUAGCUUUUAGGUUUCUGACCAAACGUUGGUGGAAACGGAUCGACUGCAGGCAUGCAUCGUAGAUCAUCAUCUGCACAAUUGACACUUGAAGAAAUAUAUUGUACAGAAAUAUACGUAAAUAUUUAGCUGAACAAAUACCUAAUAUAUAUAUUUACUUAGAGAUUUGCUGUGGGACAAGAAAAAAAACCAUUUUAAGCUGUGAGAAAUGAUAUGCAACUAAAGAGAUCAUUUCCUUUAGCAUGAACAAAGUUGAUCUUUAACAGGCAGCCAUGUAGAUUUCAGCCGAGGUUAUUUAGAGACGGUGAUGUUUGUAAAGCUUUACUUCAAGAAAAGGAUUGAAAAGAUUAGGAGUUGCAGUGGGAUUAGGAGAUCAACGCUGCAAGCUUUAAUCUAAACCUGAGUAGCUUGUCUGAACAGAAACAAACACAAAAUAGAUUAACUGUUUUAAAAUAAAGUUUUAAAAGCUUCCUAGCAACACCUGUAAAGCUCACACAUUGAUAAAGUUUACAUUUUCUCCCAAAUUCACUGAUAAAUCACUUUUUAUUUUAUGGUAAAAUAUUGUUUUAAGCAUUAAAACUGUAAUACUGCAUUAUAAAACUGUUAAUGAACAUUAAGGAGGCUGAACUGAUGCUGUAAUUACACUAUUACUGUGACUUUUGUAGACCGAACUCUUUAUUUACAAACCACCGUUACAUACAGAUGAAAAAACAGGAUUGCAUUUAAUAAAAAGUUAAGUAUUUCUAAAUCAAACCAGUAAUUUGAAUAAUUGCCAUUUAAUUUAAAAAAAUAUUCCGUUUCUGCUGGGCAUUUAAAUUUAUUUACUAGUUGUAUUAAAAAUGUAUAGUAGAGCAAAUAUGUGAAAGGUUUACUUGGUUAAAAUAAAUAAUAUUUAUAUAUAUAUUUAAAAAUGAAACGGGUACUUGAAAUGAUUUGAUGUAAAAUUUAGUCAUUAUAUGUUAAAUUCAUAUAAAAUUAUUUAUUCUAUUGUUUAAUGAUUCCUGUGCUGAAGUGCAACAUGAAAUAUUUGUGGCUCAUCAGGUUAAAAAAAUUAAAAAGGGGUAUUAUGGUGAAAAAAAUUAAAGUAAACCCAUACAUGUGAUACUGAGAACAUUUUAUCUUGUGCUAGUAAAAAUGCAGUGGAACAAUUCCUUUAAAAAAAAAAAAAAAGAUUUUUAA